UGUUUAUUAUGCCAAGUUUUCUGUUACAGUUACAAUCCUCUCACAUUGUCACUUCGAACAAAGAUGUUUAGCAUGGAUAGGUUUAAGAAACCUUUCUUUCCAUGUAUUUUUGUUUUGUUCGUGGUUCUUUGCGAUGUAUCUCUGGCAACAAUCGAGAAGCCCGCACAAAAAAGUACUUUCAUUGUCCAUGUGGCCAAAUCCGAAAUGCCAGCAAGCUUAAAUCACCAUUCAGUGUGGUAUAAAUCUAUCAUAAAAUCCAUAUCUGACUCCGCAGAAACGCUCUACACAUAUGACAACGCGAUUCAUGGAUUCUCAACGAGACUAACAUCUGACGAAGCCCGUUUACUCGAGAGUCAACCCGGGAUUCUAAAAGUGCAACCGGAGAAAAUGUACAAGCCACUCACAACUCGAACACCGCACUUCCUCGGGCUCGAUAAGAUCGCUGAUAUGUUCCCAGAAUCAAAUAAUGCAACAAGUGACAUCGUUAUCGGACUCCUCGACACUGGUGUUUGGCCCGAAAGUAAGAGUUUCAACGACAUUGGACUAGGACCCAUCCCUGGGAGUUGGAGAGGCAAAUGUGAAUCAGGCACCAAUUUCAGUGCCGCAAACUGCAAUAAGAAAUUGAUAGGAGCCAGGUUCUUCAUAAGUGGCUACGAGGCCUCAAUGAAAUUGCCCCUUAACGAAACCAACCAGGUUAGAUCGCCACGAGAUUCUGACGGCCACGGCACCCACACCGCAAGCACAGCCGCAGGGUCUGUAGUGGAAGGCGCGAGCCUCUUCGGGUACGCUUCUGGUACCGCACGUGGGAUGGCCACACGUGCUAGAGUCGCUAUCUACAAGGUUUGUUGGGCUGAUACUUGUGCCAGUUCUGAUAUACUGGCUGGAAUGGAUGCAGCCAUCGCUGACAACGUCAAUGUCAUUUCCGCAUCAAUCGGAGGUGGAGCAGUCGAUUACGACGUCGAAAGCCUCGCAAUUGGAGCCUUCGCAGCAAUGGAGAAAGGGAUUAUAGUUUCCUGUGCUGGAGGAAACGAAGGACCAGUAAACUCUUCUGUCCAAAACAUAGCACCUUGGGUGAUCACCGUGGGAGCGGGCACACUUGAUCGUGAUUUCCCGGCGUACGUUAGCCUCGGGAAUGGAAAAAACUAUUAUGGAGUGUCAAUUUACGAUGGUAAUAGUCAUAGUCAUUUUCCCGAUAGUUCUGCCUCCCUGCCAUUCAUAUAUGCAGGGAAUGCAAGUGUAAAAAUAGGUGCAGAGGAGUGCGAGAGAGACAGCUUGGAUCCUAAAAAGGUUAAGGGGAAAAUUGUGUUGUGUGAUCGUGGAGGUAGUUCUAGGGCAGAGAAAGGACUUGUGGUGAAAUCCGCGGGUGGUGUGGGCAUGGUGUUGGCCAACGCCCAAUCCAACGGAGAAGAAUUAGUAGCAGAUGCUCAUCUUUUGCCAGCAGUUGCCGUGGGUUACAAGGACGGGAAUGCCAUCAGGCUUUACUUGUCACGUUCUGAAAAACCAACAACGGCUAGCCUUGUGUUUAAGGGAACCAAGGUUGGAAUUAAGCCAUCGCCGGUUGUCACGUCAUAUAGCUCGCGGGGCCCAAACCCAAUCACGCCAGAGAUAUUGAAGCCGGAUCUCAUUGCGCCAGGUGUCAACAUCUUAGCGGCGUAUACGAAGCUUGCGAGUCCCACUGAUCUCGCCCAAGACGAUAGGCGCGUGGACUACAACAUAAUCUCAGGCACAUCCAUGUCAUGCCCUCACGUGAGCGGUGUAGCGGCUCUGAUCAAGUCGGUUUAUCCAAAUUGGAGCCCAGCCGCGAUUCGAUCUGCGCUAAUGACCACAGCAUAUUCGACUUACGCCAACGGUGAGAAGCUAAUUGAUAGUGCCACAGACCUUCCGUCAACGCCGUUUGAUAUCGGUGCCGGACACGUGGACCCUGUCGCUGCGCUUAAUCCAGGGCUUGUCUAUGAUUUGACACCACACGAUUAUCUCAACUUCCUUUGUGCAUUAAACUACACACCUAAAAGGAUCAAGGCUGUUGCGAGGAGAAAGUUCGCAUGCGAUGCACACAAGCAAUACAGCGUAACGGACUUAAAUUACCCUUCAUUUGGUGUGGUGUUUAAACCAAUUGCGGGUGGGAACGGUGCAGUACCGAUUGUUAAACACACGCGAACUCUUACUAAUGUUGGUGCCGCAGGAACAUACAAGGUGUCGUUUAAGUUGGAUUUCGAAUGUGCCAAUAUCACAGUUGAGCCAAAGGUGUUGAGCUUCAACAAAAAUGAGAAAAAAUCGUAUACAGUAACGUUCGUGUUAGUAAAUCAAAUUAACUGCUUUGGACGAUUAGAAUGGUCAAAUGGAAAGAAUGUUGUCGGAAGUCCUAUCUCUAUUUUAUGGGACAAUAGCACGUCGUAGAAAAUUGUAACAUUCUUCGUUGUAAUAGGAGAGAGGAGUGUCUUGAUUAACUA